AUGUAUCAAGAAAGGAAAUUAAGUAGCAAAGAAAUUGAAUUUAGAGUAAAUAAUGAAUAUCAAAUCAGACAACCUAAAGGUGCACAUACCAUUCUUGAUAAACAAAAUAAUUUCAUAGGAUUUAUACUAUCUAAACCUAAACCUGAAAAAAAGAGCAUAAUAUUAUUAUGGAAUAUGAAUCUUGGUUUUUUCUCAAACAAAUUGAAACUAAUUGAAUGUUAUUCAAGGCUUUUUGAACUUAUUGAAAAAAAGAAAAAUGAAGAUAACUAUUCAAACUUUGCAGG